UUCACAAUCAGUCCGUUGAGUUUGGUGGUUUGAGUUCGAUCGUUAGCGCUAUAUUCAAACUAGAUUCUGAUCAGUUCCUUUAUAAAAAAUCUAUCUCUAUCAGCUAUUAGUUACAUUAACGCGUAAUUCAUUUAAAUCAAUUGAAAAGUCAACCAAAGCAAGUGCAAAAUGUCACUGUCCAAAAUCGAUACGAUCGAUACGGAAAUCGAACAAGUCGAUCAGGAAAAGUUCUUACGACAGGCUACCCAAUAUUAUUGUGCCCUGGAGAAACCCCUAAAGUAUGGACCAGUUAUAGACACCUUGCCGGAUUUAAUAUCAGCUCUUCAUCGUGAAUUCGAGACGAACUAUGUCAACAUAGAAAUGGUUAAUCAUUUGAUGUUGUCCUAUAAAUCAAAUCCCAAGGAAUGGCGAAAGUAUGCCAAAUUCGAUCGUUAUACCUACACAAGGAAUCUGGUGGAUGCAGGAAAUGGAAAGUUCAAUCUGUUAAUACUCUGCUGGGGUGAAGGUCACAGCUCCUCGGUACAUGACCAUGCCGAUUCCCAUUGCUUUAUGAAGAUGCUCAAGGGAGAAUUGCGCGAGAAACGUUAUCAGUAUCCCAAUCGUCCGGCGAAUAUUGAAAGAGUUCAACAACAGGAUCACCACGCCGAGAUCGAUGAUAGGGAACUCGUGGAGAUAGGAGAAACGCCCAUACCUCUCAAUGACGUGGCCUAUAUAAACGAUAACUUGGGUCUGCAUCGUGUGGAGAAUCCCAGUCACGCGGAUACAUCCGUUUCCCUGCAUCUCUAUUGUCCGCCUUUUGAUUCGUGCACCGUUUUCCAGGAUAACUGCAAGAAGACCACGGCCAAGGUGACAUUUUGGAGUAAAUACGGUGUGAGGACCAAGCUGAAUGAACAAUAGUUAUGCACACAGAAAUAUUUGUUAUAUAAUGUUUAGGAUCUUUGCUAUUACUAGAUGUUUAGAGCACCAAGAAAAUACCGUUUCCUUCUAUGUAAAUAUAUAUAUACUUAAGAUUAGCUAUACCAAAAAAAACCCCAAAUACAUAAGGUUAGACAACUGUAUUU